CGAUGACGGGAGCGGGAUUGAAAGCGUCCUCGCCGGAGUUCUCCUGGAUCCAGGGACGAUGGAUACGGACAGGGCACAUUGCGGAAGAAAUCCGCAAGCAAAAGGAUCGGGUGCCAAGGCGGAAGGUCGGGAAAUAUCCAAUCCCUGGUUACAUGGGCCAUAUUCCCGAUCACAAUCCACAAAGCGCCACAGCCAAUGAUGAGAAGCCAUGCUGCAAGCAGAAAAUGCUACUGUUUGAUCUUGACCAGUACUCGCGAGGUGCCUGGCCACAUUAUAAAGGUUUUAAAACCCAGGUAGAGAACAAUGUGAAGGAUCCAAAUCAAGCUCCUCCCGGUGCCACAACGUAUGAAUACUACAACGAUCGAUUGAAUAGAGCACAGAAGAUUUUGAACCGGCCUCCACCCAAGCGAGCCGCUCAUAAAAGUGGAGUUAAGUCCUUUUUCUCUGAAGGAAGUUCUGAGGCUGUGUCUGCGAAUGGAUUGGGAAUGGCUGAAAGCUUUUUCAAGUAUGCCCGACCUUACGAAGGGUCGUUGUGGGCAUUGCAAGCAGAAAAAGCAUUAGCGUCUCGCUACUUGUGACGGACUACUUAGGCAGCGGGGUCAACAAAAGGGAGCAGUAUG